AUGUGCUUCACUUGUAUAGUGUCUGGAAAUCUAGUACCUCUUACCGUCAUCAAGGGCGCAGGUCAUGAGUUUAUCCCACUUCCACAAGGCGACAACGCCACCGUAGCAGAUUUCCACACCAUCCGCACACAAACCACCGACUCACCCGCACAUCUGACAUCUGGCUUCUAUAAGAUCGAAGCUGGGCCCUCCAAACCCGCAUCUUACAACUUUGAAGAGACCAAGUAUGUUCUAAGCGGUCAAAUCGAUGUCUUGGAUGAAGCAACCGGGAUCACACAUCACCUUGUCGCUGGCGACUUCGCGUUCUUUCACGUAGGAUCCAAGGUUCAGUUUUCUACCAAGUCCAGCGGUAUGGCCUUCUAUGCUGUCACGAGGCCAGUUAGGGUGGCACAUCCAAAUCUGAAGGAAAGAGAAGAGAAGACAUCGAAGUUGUAA